UUUUGUUUCCGAAAUCUCUCCAAAGACGUGUUGGCACGGAACGUCUCACAAUCCAGGUGGAUGCAGUGACUUUUGACUGGUCAACGUGGUUACUGUGGAAGGAGCCACCAGCACCAUCAACAGCAACAAAAACAAACAGCAAAGCAAGCGGGAAGCAAAAAAUGCUUCGAAUACGGAGAAAAAACGAACCAGUGGUCCACAACCCCCUUCAACAACCCUACACUACACUACAAUCUCUGUAGAACUCGCUUGUUUCCCUCGCCGCCAUGGAUGACGUUAGGGCUACAACCGCUUGGGUCGCCUCUCGCUCUUCUCACGUCUCAGUCGACUCCUCAGGAAUUGAGAGAGUUGUGGACACCAUCAAAGACUCAAUCCCAAAAGUCGACUGGGAUUUUGAAGGGAUUCACUAUUUUGAUAAUGGCCCUCUCACUGUUCAGUACUUGUUUGUCUUGGAUGCUUUGAAUUUUUGUUUUUGGCCUGAUAAGGAUUUAAGUUAUGAUCAUUUGGCUUCGGGACUAAAGGCAGCUCUUCAAAAUGACAAAUCUGUGUUUGAUGCUGAUCGUCUGCAAAAGUACACUGGUCCUGAAUUACGCAAAUUGUUGAAAUGGCCAAGGCCACUUCCUCUAGAGGAUGAACGAGUUCGCUUAUUGCAUGAGGUUGGGCUUGAACUGGAGAGAAACUUUGAGGGGAAAGCAUCCAAUCUUGUGGACUCGUGUGGGAAAUCAGCAGUAAAGCUUGUAACUCUUGUUACUCGUCACUUUCCUGGUUUCCGCGACCAUUCGGUCUACAAGGGCCACCAGGUAUUCUUGUAUAAAAGAGCUCAGAUAUUUGCGGCAGAUUUAUUGGGUGCAUUCAAGGGAAAAGGAUAUGGAGAGUUCAAUGACAAAGGGGCAAUUACCAUAUUUGCUGACUAUAUAGUUCCGGCAGUGCUUCGGCAGCUUGGUGUGCUGAGAUAUAGUUCAGCCCUAGCUGGCACUAUUGAGGCUGAAGGAGAAAUUGAUUCAGGCAGCGAGGAAGAAGUGGAACUACGAGCAUGCUCAGUAUAUGCUGUAGAGAAAAUGAGGGAGUUGGUGUGGAAAAAAUUUGGAAAGCAGGUGUUGAGUGUGGAUUUAGAUCUUUGGUUAUGGUCUAUUGGCGUCCAGUGCCCGUCUCUCCAACAUCAUCGGACUCUCUCUAUAUACUAUUGAGUGAGGAUUCUAUGCUUUUGUAGCCUUCUAGCAUACUAUAUACUAGAUAAAUUUGACCAUUGGAUUCAUUUUGUUGAACUUUGAUCUUUCAUGCAAUUUAUGCUCCUCUAGAAUUGAACUCGGUCUAGAUUAACAUCACAAAAAUGGGAUAGAAAAUCAUUAGACAGAAAUUUCGGGAUAGAGAAUCCGAUGAAGAAGUCACGUGGCUGUCAUUAUCGGGAUUUGAAGAUUUGAAGUUUGACGGCCAUAAUUUUAGCAACUAUUCAUUCUUUUUAGUGGAUGGACCACCACCUAUAGCUGCUGAUUUUGAUCUCUUGAUGACACAGCUCUUGUUUUUCGUUGAUGUUAAAAUUAUAAUGAAAGUGAUUGGCACUUAGGAGGGGUACUA